GUUAUGAAUUACGAGUCCUAAUCAGCGAUAUCAUGUUAAAAGAAUACCUUGGUCCAAGAAAAAAUGUACCGUAUCGAUAUACAAGCCCUAAUUGGGUCGAUAAUUGUCAAACUGGAAUAAGAAUGGAAAGCGAAUAUCUACAUUAUAUCUUAAUUCCUUCCUCAUCGACUCCGUUCGCAGUUCAAGUAUCAUCAUCAGAAGCAACAUAUUUGAAACCCAUAGUUGCAGAAAUUAGAAUUGAUGGAAUUCCUAUACAGGAAACAGCAUCCACCACUUCUGGUUCUUCUUUUAUUCCGAAAGGAUUAAAUUUAGUUGGAUCAGGAAACAAACAACAAAUCUGUGUAUUAAAUAAAAAUGAAGAUAAAGAACAACAAUUAAUUGGUGCCAUUUCAGUAUUUUUUUAUAAAGCUGAAUCGCUUUUACAAAAGAAAUCUGAAAUACCACUUGCAAUUUUACACUUACAUUAUCGAUCUAAUGAUAUCUUAUCUGAUUUAAUUCAAAAUAGGAUUUUGAAAGAAGAUAUUGAAGGUUUUAAUGACGAGGAGAAAGAAAAGAUGGAAUUACCAAUUCAACUGAUCAAACAAGAACAAGCAAUCAAUGUUUAUAAUAGCGCUUAUGGAGAGGAAGCUUCAAAUCAUUUUCAAAAUGAAAUGACUGAACAAGUAAAUUAUGAUUAUGAUAUGGAGAUUAUAGAGAUCCUUGACGAUUAA